AUGUUCGACCACGCUAAGGAGGCCCUCCAAUACCUCUUGGAGCCGAUAGGCUUCAUGUUCUACUCCUCGCUCUACCUGCCAGGAACCGUGCUCUCCCUCCUUUCCACCGGCCAAUUCUCCACUCUCCUGUCCCCCUCCGCCUUCAAAUAUGCCUGGUUUGCGCGCUUCUGGGCUGUUUUCGGGCCGCUUACAAAGCAGGGGCCGAGGGAAACAAUUGCCCCGCUGAUGAAGCUGGCUAAGGGCGUUGUGGUCGAGAUUGGGCCUGGUGGCGGUGAGUGGAUCGAUAUGUACGAUAAAGAAAAGGUUACGAAGAUUUACGGUGUUGAACCUAACAAGGACCAUCAUGAGCGUUUGAGGAAGAGGGUCAAGGAGCUGGGUUUGAGUGAUGUGUACGAGAUUGUCCCAGUUGGAGUGGAAGACUUGGGUACCCGCUGGGUCCAAGAGGGAGAGGUGGAUUCGAUUGUUACGGUCCAAUGUCUCUGUUCCGUGUCAAAUCCAAAAGCAAUGAUAAAAAGCUUGUAUGGAUAUCUCAAGCCGGGCGGUCAAUGGAUUGUAUAUGAGCAUGUCAUCACCCACGUAGGUGGUCUGGUGGCUUGGUACCAAUGGGCGAUCGAUUUCAUCUGGCCGCAUUUCCUAGGAGGCUGCUCCAUUACGAGGGAUUCAGAGAAGUGGUUGAAAGAAACAGGAACUUGGAGUAAGGUUGAUUUGAAGCAACCUGAUAACGAAUCAAGUUAUAUGGUUCUUCCGCAUGUGAUGGGGACUCUUACGAAGUGA